UGCGGCUGCAUCGCUGACCUUUCACAAUAAAACCGGACGAAGUGUGUGUGUGUUUUAAGUUUAUUACGAUGCUGGCGCUCCGGUGGGUCUGCACCGGUUUGACCCGGGUUCGGGGUCGGUUCGGUCUGUGGACGACCCAGGUUCGCGCGUGCACGGCGGGUUCGGCGCGUUUGCAGAUGCAGCCUGAUUGUCUCGAGCUGGACUACAGGGGACGCGUCAUGAGGUUCAACUUCGUCUGGCUCCGGGACCACUGCCGGUCUGCAGCCUCCUACAACCACCAAACCCGGCAGAGAAAGCUGGACACCGGAAGUCUGGACCUCAGCAUCACACCUGAGAGCGCGCGAGUGCACGAGGACCAGCUGGUGCUCACAUGGCCCGGCGGUCACGUGACGGAGUACGGCCUCAGCUGGUUGGCUGAGAACAGCUAUGAAGCCCAGAAGCUGAGCAGCGUGCAGCCGCGAGUCCUGUGGAACUCUGAGAUCUAUCAAAAAGCAGAUGUCCGAGCCGCCAAAUGGGACAAAUUCAUGGAGUGUUGUGACGAGCUGAAGAUGUUUCUUCAGAGCUACCUCCUGUAUGGGGUGGCCUUUGUCGAGGGUGUGCCGGCGUCGGUUGAGGCCACUCAGGCGGUUACCCAGAGGGUCAGUCUGAUCAGAGAGACCACGUACGGAAGAAUGUGGAGCUUCACAUCAGAUUUUUCGAGGGGAGACACAGCGUACAGCCGGGAUGCUCUGGACCGCCACACGGACACCUCCUAUUUUCAUGAACCAUGUGGGAUUCAGGUUUUUCACUGCCUCCGACACGAGGGAACCGGAGGAAGGACUCUGCUGGUGGAUGGGUUCUACUCUUCUGAAAAACUACGCAAGCAGUCGCCCGAAAGCUUUGAGCUACUUUCCCGGGUUCCUAUCAGGCACGAAUAUAUCGAGAACAUCGAAAACCACCAAAACCACAUGAUUGGUACCGGCCCUGUGCUUAAUGUGUAUCCUUGGAAUGAUGACAUUUACAUGAUCCGGUGCUUUUCAUCGACAACUGGCGCGUCCUGCACGGCAGAGAGUCUUUCACCGGUGUGAGACAGCUGUGCGGCUGUUAUAUGACCAGAGACGAUGUCCUCAGCACGGCACGGCGCUUCGGUCUGCAGGCCUGAUACUUAUCGAGAAAAUGUUCAUUUUAUGCAGAGAAAUCAACCAAUCGUAGGUCUGCUUCAUCUGAGUUCAUUGUUCUUUAAUUUACUUUUCUCCAAGUAAGACCUUAGAGAUACAAGUUGAAUGAAAAAACAUUGCGGGACUGUAAAAUUAGUUAAAACAUAGAUGUGCUUUUAAUAUGUUCAGGAUUUUGGGAAAUGUUUCCAUGCAGCAUUACAGAAUAACUCUUUUUUUUAGUUUUCAUAGUCUACUUAGCUGUAUAAAUUCUUAUUCAGAUAGUGAGGCAAACUACAGCAAGUCAGGGAAGAGCAGGUGGCUCUGUGACACUGAAGUUGGUCUACCAACCUGUAGACUGGGUUCCAUUCCAACCCAUCUGUGUCCUCAAACAAGACACUUCAUCUACUUCGUCUCAGUGCGUGCCGCUGAGCACUGGUGCCCGUGAUGUACUGGCAUCCUGCUCAGUGGCUG